AUGGCAUAUCGCUCCACUCCCUGUCCGUCUGCAUCCGCCGAAGCCUUCUUGGGACGCCGAUUGCGAACGGAACUCGAUCUAAUGUUACCUUCUAGAGAUCGCACAAACGGUACGCGAGAUCUCAAAAUGGAAUCUCAAUUCAAUCGUCGAAAUGGAGCACGACGCCCCAAAUUGAGAUCAACGACGCGAUUUUUCACAAGGAUCAUCGAGGCCAGAAACCUUCUUGGACUCCCGGUUUCAUCACACACCGUGUUAGAAACACAACCUACACUGUUCGCUGUGGAAACGAAGUGUGGACUCGGCACGUAA